AGCAGAGGAGGACGCUGGGUAAACUCCCUCUUCAGGCGAACUUCUACCCGAUGAGCACCGCGGCGUUCCUGCAGGACUCGGGGUCUCGUCUGACCCUGCUGGGGGCCCAGAGCCAGGCGGUCGCAGGACUCAGACCAGGUGAGCUGGAGCUGGUGCUGGACCGGCGGCUGCAGCAGGACGAUAACCGCGGCCUCGGCCAGGGCGUCACCGACAACAAGCUGACCGCCAGCCACUUCCUGCUGCUGCUGGAGGACCGCAGGGGGGGGGCGAGGGAAGUGGGCGGGGGCCUCAGUAGAACACUGUCUCUGCUCGCCCACCUGACCUCGCUCUCCCUCCUCCACCCCCCCAUCACCAUGGUUGCCCCGAGCGACAGCCGGCUGCCCGAGCUCCGCCCCUUCCUGCCGCUCCGCUCCUCGCUGCCGUGUGACGUUCACCUGCUGAACCUCCGGACGCUGGAGGACGCUCAGGAAGCAGAUAAUCCGUCACAGGAAGUGGCUCUCCUCCUCCACAGGAAGGGCUUCGACUGUAGCUCCGCCCCCGAGCGCAACUGCAGUGCACGUGGAGCGUGCACGAGGAGGUGGAUCUGGACUCCCUCUUCUCUCCGCUCCGGUUCAGGUCUCUCCGGCGUUCAGGUCUCACUCUGCUGCGAGACCACGAUGAGCCGGAGUCCGCCCGGCAACAGACGACGCCGCGCAUCACUCGCCUGCGACCAAUGGAAAUCAGCGCUUUCCGCGCAGAAAUCAACUGAAAAACAAGAUUUCAAAAACAUAUUGUUGUGUUUAAAAAAUAUGUUUUUAUAUAUAUAUAUAUAUAUAUAUAUAUAUAUAUAUAUAUAAAUAUAUAUAUAUUGUUCUAAGAUAAAUGACACAAUGAGAGCCAAUCAGAAUCCACCCUCAGAAACCAUACACAGGGUCAUUAGAUGAGAGCCAAUCAGAAUCCACCCUCAGAAACCACACACAGGGUAAUUAGAUGAGAGCCAAUCAGAAUCCACCCUCAGAAACCACACACAGGGUCAUUAGAUGAGAGCCAAUCAGAAUCCCUUCAUUUAUUGUAUGUGAAGGAGAAAUACACCGAUGACAUCUCUAAAUAUAUUAAAAAUAAUUAAAAAUAUAUAAAAAUUAUAAUGUAGAUUAUGCUGUUACAUGUCAUUGGGCCUUUUUUAGUGGCUAUACCUGUAUACUGCGUAUAUCUGUGUAUACCUGCGUAUACCUGUGUAUACUGCGUGUACCUGCGUAUACUGCGUGUACCUGCGUGUACUGUGUGUACUGCGUGUACCUGAGUAUACUGCAUGUACCUGCAUGUACUGUGUGUACUGCGUGUACCUGAGUAUACUGCGUGUACCUGCGUGUACCUGAGUAUACUGCGUGUACCUGCGUGUACUGUGUGUACUGCGUGUACCUGAGUAUACUGCGUGUACCUGCGUGUACCUGCGUGUACCUGAGUAUACUGCGUGUACCUGCGUGUACUGUGUGUACUGCGUGUACUGUGUGUACUGUGUGUACCUGAGUAUACUGCGUGUACCUCCGUGUACCUGCGUGUACUGCGUGUACCUGCGUGUACUGCGUGUACCUCCGUGUACCUGCGUGUACCUGCGUGUACCUGCGUGUACUGCGUGUACCUGAGUAUACUGCGUGUACCUCCGUGUACCUGCGUGUACUGCGUGUACCUGAGUAUACUGCGUGUACCUGCGUGUACCUGAGUAUACUGCGUGUACCUGCGUGUACUGUGUGUACUGCGUGUACCUGAGUAUACUGCGUGUACCUCCGUGUACCUGCGUGUACUGCGUGUACCUGAGUAUACUGCGUGUACCUCCGUGUACCUGCGUGUACUGCGUGUACCUGAGUAUACUGCGUGUACCUCCGUGUACCUGCGUAUACUGCGUGUACCUGCGUGUACCUGCGUGUACUGCGUGUACCUGAGUAUACUGCGUGUACCUGCGUGUACUGUGUGUACUGCGUGUACCUGAGUAUACUGCGUGUACCUCCGUGUACCUGCGUGUACUGCGUGUACCUGCGUGUACCUGCGUGUACUGCGUGUACCUGAGUAUACUGCGUGUACCUCCGUGUACCUGCGUGUACUGCGUGUACCUGCGUGUACUGCGUGUACCUCCGUGUACCUGCGUGUACUGCGUGUACCUGCGUGUACCUGCGUGUACCUGAGUAUCACAUUCAGAGACUACAGAGAGAUAAGCAGCUGUUGGAAAAUAUGAAUUAUUGGUCGUAAACAUCUGAUAUUUUUAGCAGGUUAAUGCUAAUGCAUUAGCUGUAGCAUUAGCUAAUUAGUUAAUGCCCUUCCAGGUUUCAUUAGCUAGCUCGGGUUAGCUGUAGCAUUAGCUAGCUCAGGUAAGCUGUAGCAUUGGCUAGCUCAGGUAAGCUGUAGCAUUAGCUAGCUCGGGUAAGCUGUAGCAUUGGCUAGCUCAGGUAAGCUGUAGCAUUAGCUAGCUCGGGUUAGCUGUAGCAUUAGCUAGCUCAGGUUAGCUGUAGCAUUAGCUAGCUCAUGUUAGCUGUAGCAUUAGCUAGCUCAUGUUAGCUGUAGCAUUAGCUAGCUCAUGUUUGCUGUCACUACUUUUGAACACUGAAUGUGACGUGUUGCUACGGCAACAAAAAGUGACCAAAGUUGAAUGUUUUUAACGUGAGAGAUUGUGUUACUGCGGUUUGAUACAGAAUGAUGCAUUUUGGGUAAUCGGGUCAGCGGGUCAUUGAUUAAUGAUUGUUUUGUAAUUGUUUUGCUGUGAAAAGGAAAGUUUUGGGAAACUAUGAAAUCAUCUUUAUUUUUAGAAAUUCUACAUUUUAUAUUGAAUUCUUUAUUAAGUUUUACUGCUGAAAGUUAUGUAAUGUAUUAAAUGUUUUAUCUGUUUAUUGUGGGGAAAAUGUCUGGUUUUAAUACAAAAUAAAUUAUCUUUAAUUUU